AUGUGCCAUGCGGAAAAGAGUGCUACUCCUGAAACAGAUGAGGUAGCUAUGUCACCAGCAAGCACUGACAGAGCAACAGUUUAUGUUCAUCGUCCUGAAAUAAACCAUCCAUUGGCAAAGAAGAUAUAUGAGUUACAGGAUGUGUUUGCUGAUGCAUUACAACUGACAAUGGAAUCCUUCUCAAAUGAGCCAGCACUUCUUCAUAAAAUCAUCAAAUAUCUUACAAUGCAUAUUCAUGCUCUGUUGGGCCCCAUCAGAAAGAAUAAUCCAGCUGCAGUACAAGCAGUUAGAGAAGAGUUUAGUGAUGUUGAAUCAAUGGAUAAUCUUUUUAUCAUUUUGCAAGAUAAGUAUGUAUCAUGGUUCAACUAUGAACUGAUAAUUAAACUUGUUCGUGUGUUUUUGAGUGGCAAUCGUACAUUAAAGAGAACCUGGUCAGCAUAUGAAGAGAAGUUAAAGGAUUAUUUUAUAAACAGUGGGGGACUAUUGAAAGAUGCUGAUGCUUUAGAAUUUGGAAUAACAGACGCUCCUCAUGGUACAAAAGUACUGAUUGCUAAGGUCGAUCGUGACGACUACACACUGGAUGACCUAUUCUUCUUUCGUAGUGCAAUACCAAAAGAAUCUACCUAUCAGUUAGAUCCUCAUCAAGCUGACAGUAAUGGUAAGCUACCAAUUCAUUAUGCUGCUGAAUCUGGUGAUAUUUUACUACUGGAAUUAUAUGUGAAGGAUUACAAGUGUAGUCUGAGCCUAACAGAUAACAAAGGUCGGAAUGUUAUUCAUUUUUCGUCAUUGAAAGGUCACACUCACUUUAUCAAUCAUAUCACCAGUCAGUAUCCUCAAUACAUUAGUUUACUACACUCUACUGACAAUGAGGGUAGGAUACCAUUGCAUUUAGCCUGUGAGAGUGGUAAUAUUGAAUUGGUCACAUUUCUAAUAAAUGAUAUGAAAUGUGAUGUCAAUGCUAAGAGUACACGUGACAAUACAUGUGUCAUAUUUGCCAGUUUCUCAGGUAAUCUUGAUCUAGUACAAUUACUAAUACAACAGUAUAAGCUUGAGCCUUUAGCUGCUGAUAAAUAUGGUUUCACAGCAUUACAUGCAGCAGCAGAGAAUGGUCAUGCUCAUAUACUGGAAUGGUACAGUCAGGAGUAUAGUGUGGAUAUUACUAAUCACACUAGCAAUAACAAGUACACACUAGCUCAUUCAGCUGCUUAUAAAGGUAAGCUACAUUGUCUACAGGAACUGAUCAACAAGUAUCAGUGUGAUGUUAAUGCCACUACUACUGAUACUGGUAGUACAGUUCUUCAUGAAGCAUGUGAAGGAGGCCAUGUUCCUGUUGUACUUUAUCUCACUAGUCUUCCUCAGUGUAAUGUAGCAGCUAAGACUUCUAAUGGAUCAACAGUUCUUCACAUUACCUGUGAGUACAGUGACUCUCUUCCUAUGCUCAAACAUCUGGUAGAGAAUCAUCAGUUAGAUCUGUGUGCUGUGAAUGAUGAGGGAAUGGCUCCUAUUCACUUAGCAUGUAGUAAUGGAAGAUUGAACUUGAUCCAGUACAUUAUAGAACACAUACCAUCAUUACUUGAACUACCUCACAGUAAAGAUGGUCGUACUCCAUUCCUUAUUGCAGUGUACUUCAAUCAGUUAGAAGUUAUAAAAUAUCUUAUUAGUAAGCAGUGUAAUCUAUCAGCUACUGAUGAUGAAGGGUCUGGAGCAGUUCACAUAUCAGUAGAGAGGGGUCACUUGAAUAUAUUGAAGUAUCUCAUUGAUUGUAAUCCUAAUGCAACCAAUCAUCAAGACCGUACACCACUACAUGUUGCUGUAGCAGCUAAUAAAUAUGAAAUAUUAGAAUAUUUACUGAGUAAGAGUAUACCCUCAAUGAGUGUUGUCUGGUUACGUGAGAUAAAGUGUUUAUUAGACAGUCCUCAUGACAUAUACAAUAAUCCACAUAAUGCUGUACUUAUUAAUGAACAAGAUAAAGAUGGUAAUACACCAUUACAUGUAGCCUGUCAAGAUGGAGAACAUAAUAUGGUAUCACUAUUACUAAAAGCCAGUCUGUCUAACAAUAACUUAUUAAUUACUAACAAGAAAGGACAGACACCAUUACACUUAGCAGCUGCCUCUGGUCAUAAGGAUACCACUGAAGCUUUACUGUUCUCAGUCACUGGUAGUUCUACUCAUCAUGAUCUCCUUACAGCUACUGAUAAUGAAGGAUCCACUGUAUUACAUGUAGCUUGCAGUAAUGGCCAUAUUGAUGUGUUUCGUUAUUUAUCCAGUAUUUAUCCUCAAGGUGUUAAUGUAAUGGAUAAUAGAGGACGUGGUUUACUUCAUGCAGCAUGUGAGGGAGGAGAUAUUGGAAUAGUAAGAACACUAAUUGAGACACAUGGACUGGAUUCUUUAGCAGAAGAUGAAGAUGGCAUCACCUGCUUACACUUACUAGCAAAGAGAAAGAGUACUGGGCUAUCUUUCAUGAGAAUGUUCAAUGACUUUGAAAUAGAAAGAAGCAUUGAUAUAUACCAGUAUUUGGAACCAAACAUUACCUCCAAUCCAGUACCUAAAGACAAGUCUGGUCGUACUCCUCUUCAUUAUGCUUCUUGUUCUGAUAAUAUUCGUAUGGUACGUUAUCUCAUAGAGACCUUCCCCUGUACUCCUGAUGAUCCUGAUAAUAAUGGAUACACUUCAGUUCAUGGAGCAUGUGAAGCUGGUAGUAUGGAGUUAGUACAAUACUUUCUAACUGAUCUCAAAUGUAAUGCACUAGCUGAAACUGAUGAUUGUAAAACCAUGCUUUAUUUUGCAAGUAAGAGUUCUAAUUUAGAGCUUGUUCGGUUUUUAGUUGAUGUAUUCAGUUUAAAACCUCAUCCACAUGAUAUUGAAAUAGCUCAAUCAGUUAAUCCUGAUUCAUCAGUAGUUAAAUAUCUUCAAGAGAUACAUUAUGAUUUAUUUAUUUCAGAACAAAGCAAAGUGAGUGGAUAUUAUGAGAAACUUGAAGGACAACAGGUUGACCCACCAGGACAAGAUAUUGUAUCUUAAACACAACCUUAUCACCAUAUUACCACCUUAUCAGUCCAUUGUAUGUAACCUAUCACCAUAUUACCAAUACACCAUCUUACUACAGCACCAUAUGUAACCUAUCACCAUUACACCAUUAUACCUAUCCUACCACCUUACCACCAUCUAACUACCUUACACCACUUUAGUACCAUCAUCACCAUUACACCAUAUACCCACAAUGGUUACCAAUAUCACCAAUCCUAUACGAUAUUGUAUCUUAAAUACCAUCUUACCAUUACACCUAUCACCACCUUAUCACCAUCCCACCACCUUACAUACCAUUGUAUCACCAUUGUACUAUUACACCAUACACCAAUGGCUACUAAUAUCACCUAUACAAUACUUGUGUAAUAUCUUAACUUGUAUCACCAUUAAUCUUAACACCU